CGGGACCUGCUACCGUGUUGCAGCAUCUCUCAAAUUUCCGAAACACUAAUAGUGAGUCUGUAAACUCUACUUUCUUAUAAACUCUUGCACGUUCUUGGCAUGAAUGAAUGAAUGAGUAUGUAAACCUUUUGUUUCCGGCAAUCAACUUGAUUAUCCUGAGAUGCAAGAGUUCCUGUUCUCUCCUAAAAUAUGGAAUUAUAUUAAUACUGGUUUUCUUUCUGUCAGGACAGAUCCUUCCCCCUCAGAUUUUUGCAUUACUAGUAGUUUACUACAUUGCGUCUCCUUUCUAACAUUGCAGAAUGCCGUCUUUACUGAGUCUAAAAGUUUUCCUCGAGGCAGGUUCCCUCAGCAAAUGCCAUCUUUUUCGGAGGAGACCGAGUUGCAAACACUGGACUUCAUACCAUCUGUUAGUCAAUGGGGAGAGCCAAAGUCAUACAACCCUGUUGGAUCUCCAGCUUCUGGAUCGCUUACUUCUCUCUUGUCAAGCUGCCUGGAAGAGGUGAGGAGUAACCUAGUGAGACUGAAAGCACUGCCCUCACCAGGAAUAUCAACAUUGCAUGUUGCUCAACCUAAGACAUUACUUUUCGGUUUUAGCAAGGGCGGAACUGUGCUUAACCAGAUAGUUACCGAACUUGGCUUCUCAGAUAUUGAAACCUCUGAAGGUGAGCUCAUGGAUGAAAAGAAGAUUAAUAUGGAAGAAGAGCUUCAUACCAUAUCUAGAACAAAGGAAAGUCUUUUGAAUAGCAUCAGAGAGAUACAUUACGUGGAUGUUGGAUUAAAUUCACCUGGUUCUUAUAUCACUGACCAUAGUGCGGUUGAGAGAAUCUCCAAAUGCCUAACACAAGUAGGUACAGGGAUCUGUUUUAUUAUUCAUGGAACACCCAGGCAAUGGUGUGACAACAAAUGUUCGUGGAUAUGCGAUGAAAAAAACAAACUGGUUCAACUGCUUGAAACUGCAGCUCAGAAAAGUGGUGGAAAAUUACAGGUCUGUGAGAAAUUAUAUUUUGCUAAUAUGCCAUCUGAUUUGCAAAUGCAUUUUGAAAUAAUUGAAAAGUUGGAUGUCAGAUAACCAAUAUAAAGUACAAACCAGGAUUAUUGUAACUAUGCUAUCAAGAAUAAAGUAAGUGAAGUGUGUGCGAUUAUGUAGUGAUUGUUUUUGAGAGUUAUAUUAUGACGAGCAGUGAUUAUCAAACAAAUGAAUGUUUUUAAUUAGUUGUAGUACUUCUAUCCAUGUAAAUCAUUAUCAGGGCUUAGCCAAGAAUUUUUUAAGUAUGGCAAUUACAUAAAAUUGUUAUGGAAGACAAAAAAUCUUCACCCUAUCGAUUUCUUUCAUAUAAGACCUGUUGCAUAUCAUAGGACAUGUUUUAUGUAGCCUACAUUAUUUUAGCCUUAAAUGUGCUGAGCCAAAUCUUCUUCAUAGAAAACCUACUUUAGUUGAUUUAGUAUUUAGACCGGGAAAAUCGUACAAUUUCUGAAACUGUGUUCUAUGGAUUGAAUCCGCAGUCAAUUCUAUUUCCAAUGGGUUGCUCAGUAUUUAUGUAAAUGAUAGUAGAAUGACCUUUAUUUGUUCUUUGAGUUUUCUGCGGCAAAGUAUCUAGAAACUAGGAUAUUUUUGCAUAUGCUUCAACUGUAUGAGGCCAUACUCGGCUAUCUUUUAGACCUUGAGGAUGAUAGAAGGAAUACAGCAGCUUCCAAUUGGAGUGUUAGGAGUGUUUUGUUUAAGCUGUGUGUGUUUUCGUGAGUGUUGAUUGAUAGUUUAUUAUUAUGUAAUGGCUCAUACAGACGUUCCUUAGUUAUAUAUAUUUCUCCUACAUUCUUUUAAUCCAAACUACGUUUCCUUCCUUUUGCAAUUUGUCUGUUAGAGAAUGUCAAAGCUUUUAAAUUUCUCCAAUAUAGUUUGGUGCAUCAUGCCUUGUUAGUGAAAACUUU